AAAAAUAAAAAUAAAAAUGAAACCACUCACUAUGUGUUCGCUCAUUAAAUCUCCUUUUGCCUCGUCGAUUCCCCUCCCUCUCUCUCUUUCUCUUCUCUUUCUGAAUUUCCAAAAUCGGAUCAAAUCCUAAUUGUCCAAAUUCUCAUCGUUUUAAUCCAAAUCAGAUCACGUUUCAAUUCACAUAUAGGCGCUGAUAAUCGUUAUUCGAUCUUUGUUCAUUUUCUCACUGUAUCUACAGAUAAAUUGAUAGGCAUUUUGGGGGAUAAGGAACCGUAAAACUUACAUUUAAUCCUAAUGGCGUGUAUAAAAGGGGUGAACAGAUCGGCGUCAGUGGCACUGGCGCCGGACGCGCCCUACAUGGCUGCUGGGACGAUGGCCGGAGCGGUGGAUCUAUCCUUCAGUUCAUCGGCGAAUCUCGAGAUCUUCAAGUUUGAUUUCCAGAGUGACGAUCUCGAGCUCCCCGUUAUAGGCGAGUGCCCAAGCUCAGAGCGGUUUAACCGCCUAGCUUGGGGCAAGAACGGAUCCGGUUCCGAUGAGUUUUCUCUCGGACUCAUUGCUGGUGGCCUCGUUGAUGGUAGCAUCGAUCUUUGGAAUCCUUUAAAAUUGAUCCGCUCUGAGGCAAAUGAUCAAGCUCUUGUUGGACAUCUUUCAAGGCACAAAGGGCCUGUUCGCGGUCUCGAGUUCAAUGCAAUUGCUCCAAACUUGUUAGCAUCUGGGGCAGAUGAUGGUGAAAUUUGCAUCUGGGAUCUGGCAGCACCUGCACAACCCUCUCAUUUUCCACCUCUUAAGGGUAGCGGUUCUGCUUCUCAAGGUGAAAUCUCAUAUCUGUCUUGGAAUAGCAAGGUUCAACACAUAUUGGCAUCAACUUCAUACAAUGGAACAACUGUUGUUUGGGACUUGAAGAAGCAAAAACCAGUGAUAAGUUUUGCAGAUUCAAUAAGAAGGCGAUGUUCUGUUUUGCAGUGGCAUCCUGAUGUUGCCACUCAACUUGUUGUUGCAUCUGAUGAAGAUGGUUCACCAACUCUUAGGCUUUGGGACAUGCGAAAUAUAAUGUCACCAGUGAAGGAGUUUGCAGGGCACACAAGAGGUGUAAUUGCAAUGGCAUGGUGUCCCUCUGACAGCUCUUAUUUACUCACAUGUGCCAAAGAUAAUCGGACUAUUUGUUGGGAUACAGUAACUGGAGAGGCUGUCUGUGAAUUGCCUGCAGGUACCAACUGGAACUUUGAUGUGCACUGGUAUCCGAAGAUACCUGGAAUAAUAUCAGCAUCUUCAUUUGACGGCAAAAUUGGCAUUUACAAUAUUGAGGGCUGCAGCCGAUAUGGUGUUGGGGACAGCGAUUUUGGUACAGUGUCUUUGAGAGCUCCUAAAUGGUAUAAACGUCCUGUUGGGGCAUCUUUUGGUUUUGGAGGAAAAGUUGUAUCUUUUCGCACUCGGUCAUCUGGUUCAGGUACUUCUGCAUCAUCAGAGGUAUUUUUGCAUAACUUAGUUGCUGAAGAAACUCUGGUCAGUCGUUCAUCUGAAUUUGAAUCCGUCAUACAGAGUGGGGAGAGGUCUUCACUAAGGGUUUUAUGUGAAAAGAAAGAACAAGAAUCUGAAUCUCAGGAUGAUCGAGAAACUUGGGGCUUCUUAAAGGUGAUGUUUGAAGAUGAUGGGACAGCAAGGACAAAGUUGCUCAUGCAUCUUGGUUUUAGUCUGCCCGAAGAAAAAGAUACUGUACAAGAUAACAUCUCUCAGAUUGUAAAUGAUAUUACACUUGAGGAUAAAGUGGCAGAAAAGGUGGGCAAUGACGGUGAGAAAGAAGCUGCUCGAUUUGCAGUUGAUAAUGGGGAAGACUUCUUCAACAAUCUUCCGAGUCCCAAAGCUGAUACCCCUGUUUCAACAUCUGAAAAUAAUUUUGCUGUUUCUGAUUUAACACCUCAAGAACCAGAAGGAGUGGAGGAAAGCUCAGAUCCAUCAUUUGAUGAUGCUGUACAACGUGCAUUGGUGGUGGGUGAUUAUAAGGGAGCAGUUGCUCAGUGCAUUGCUGCAAAUAAAAUGGCUGAUGCUUUAGUUAUUGCUCAUGUUGGUGAUCCUUCCUUAUGGGCUAGCACAUGUGAUCAAUAUCUUAAGAUGAGCCGUUCUCCAUACCUGAAGGUUGUCUCUGCAAUGGUGAACAAUGAUCUCACGAGCCUUGUCAACACCAGGCCUUUGAAGUUCUGGAAAGAAACACUGGCGCUCCUCUGUACUUUUGCCCAGAGAGAGGAGUGGACUGUACUCUGUGAUACGCUUGCUUCCAAACUAAUGGCCCAUGGGAAUACUCUGGCAGCGACUCUCUGUUAUAUAUGUGCAGGGAAUAUUGAUAAAACAGUAGAGAUUUGGUCAAGGUGCCUGACAACUGAACUUGAUGGCAAAUCUUAUGUCGAUCUUCUCCAGGAUUUAAUGGAAAAGACCAUUGUCCUUGCUUUGGCAACUGGCCAGAAGCGGUUUAGUGCAUCCCUAUGCAAGCUUGUUGAGAAAUAUGCUGAAAUUUUGGCCAGUCAAGGACUUUUAACAACAGCAAUGGAAUACUUAAAACUAUUGGGUUCUGAUGAUCUGUCACCCGAACUAGUGAUAUUAAAAGAUCGUAUUGCACUUUCUACUGAACCUGUGAAAGAAGGUAAAUCUGCUGUUUUUGAGAACUCUCAUCCAACUGGUAUACCAGGCUUUGAGCCUUCACAACAUAUAUAUCCGGACCCAGCUGCACCACAAAUUCAGCCAAGUGGUCCUGGUAGUGCUUAUGAUGAAAAUUAUCAGCGAUCCUUUUCACAAUAUGGAGCAUAUGCACCUCCUCCCUCAUAUCUACCUCAAGCACCACCUGCCAACAUGUUUGUUCCAACCCAAGCUCCUCAUAUUUCCCAGACAAAUUUUGCUCCUCCACCUGAAACCACUCAGCCUACUGUCAGACCCUUUGUUCCUUCAAAUCCUCCUGUUCUAAGAAAUGCAGAUCAAUACCAGCAGCCACCUUCUUUGGGUUCUCAGUUAUAUCCGGGUGCUGCUGAUCCUACUUAUCCUGCUCCCCCUGGGGCUGGUUCAUUUGCACCUGUCCCAUCCCAAAUGGGAGCAGCUCCUGGCCCCAGAAUGCCACAAGUUGUAGCUCCCGCGCCAGCACCUAGGGGAUUUAUGCCAGUUACUAGCACAUCUGUUCAAAGACCUGGUAUGGGCCCAAUGCAACCACCCAGCACUACACAGUCAGCAUCAGUACAGCCGGCUGCAGCGCCUGCUGCUCCUCCACCAACAGUGCAGACUGCUGAUACUUCAAAUGUACCUGCCCACCAAAAACCUGUAAUCACUACCUUAACUAGACUUUUUAAUGAGACAUCUCAAGCACUGGGAGGUGCACGUGCAAACCCAGUGAAGAAGCGUGAAAUGGAAGACAAUUCGAAGAAAAUAGGCGCCUUAUUCGCCAAACUCAAUAGUGGAGACAUUUCAAAAAAUGCUUCUGAUAAACUUAUUCAGCUCUGCCAGGCUUUGGACAAUAAUGAUUUUGGUACAGCUCUGCAAAUCCAGGUUCUUCUCACUACUAGUGAGUGGGAUGAGUGCAACUUUUGGCUUGCAACUCUCAAGAGGAUGAUUAAGACAAGGCAGAAUGUUAGAUAAGUUAUGAGAAUACACAAAAUCUCCCGAGGAUGGAAUCCGAAGUCUGCUUAACUUUUCCUCAUGCGGUCACACACUUGGGGCACCAAUUAAUCCUUUGAUGUGCACAAAGAAUGGCUUCUCUUGUUUGCUGCCUGCAGGAUUUUGGUUCUUUUGGUUCCAUUACUUGCUUCCUGCUAAAACAUUGACUUCCCUUUUCACAUUAAUACUUUUCUUUUCUUUUCUUUUUCCUUUUUCCCCAAAGCAGAUAGUGGAAGUAGUUUUCAGGACUAUAAUGUUGAUUGUUUUUCAUUAGACAUCUUGUAGUAUUGAGUAGUAGAGUUGGUUCCAUUAGUUCCAGUUUUCACUUUCCCCCACUUUUGUGGAACCAAAAUUUCCAUUAGUGAGCAAAUUGGAUUGACAUGAUGUUGUUGCAUUGGUUGGUUUCUGCAUGGUCCAUUACUUGUAAAACCCAUAUGCUUUUCCUCUUUUAUUAUUAUUAUUAUUAUCAAUUAAUAUGAAAACAGAAGGGUUUUAAUAA